AUGGGAUUCAUCAUCACCUUCUUUUUCCUCCAGCUGGUUUCUCUCCCUGCAAUAUUGUUGGCCCAAGAAAUUAAUUUUGCUAAUAUUGUUGUUAAUGGCACUGCAACAAUUGGUGAAACUGAUGAUAAUUACAUUUGUGCAACAAUUGAUUGGUUUCCUAGUGAUACAUGUCGUUACAACUAUUGUAUGCUGCAAAAUUCGUCUGCCAUAACUUUGGACCUGUCUAAUCCUCUACUAGCCAAGGCAAUCCAAGCUUUCAGGAAUUUGAGGCUUAGAAUUGGAGGUUCUCCACAAGACCAAGUAAUUUAUAACGUAGGAAGUCCAAGGUACCCUUGCCAUCCAUUUCAACAAGCAAGAGACGGUUCAUUGUUUGGAUUAACAACCGGAUGUUUAUACAUGUGGAGGUGGGAUGAGCUGAACCAGUUUUUCAAUAAGACAGGGGCAAUCGUGACAUUUGGCUUGAAUGCUCUCUAUGGGAGGAAGAAGCAGGAGACAAGUAUACUCUGGGUAGGAGAUUGGGACCCUAGUAACACUGAGGCUCUAAUGAACUAUACAAUCUUAAAGGGAUACCAGAUUGAUUCAUGGGAAUUUGGUAAUGAGUUGAGUGGACGUGGCAUUGGUGCAAGAGUUGAAGCUGCACAGUAUGCAAAAGAUGUGAUCAACCUUAAAAAAAAUAUGAAUGAGUUGUACAGAAAAUCCAAUUACAAAUCCAAUUACAAACCUAAACUUGUAGCCCCUGGAGGGUUCUUUGACCAGAGCUGGUAUACUCAGCUUCUUCAGGAUUCAGGUUCAGGCAUAGUCGAUAUUGUGACACAUCAUAUCUACAAUUUAGGAGCAGGUAAUGAUCCCAAUCUCAUAAGUAAGAUACUAGAUCCUUCUUACUUGAGCAACAGCAUAUUAGGCACAUUCAGAAAUAUUGAAGGGAUGAUUCAAGAGCAUGGUCCUUGGGCUUCUAUAUGGGUUGGAGAAUCUGGUGGUGCCUUUCAGGGUGGUGGUCGUCAUGUGUCUGACAGAUUUGUGAAUAGCUUCUGGUACUUGGAUCAGCUUGGAAUGGCAGCCAAGUACAACACUAAGGUAUAUUGCAGGCAGACUUUGGUUGGUGCAAACUAUGCUCUCCUCAAUAGAACCACAAUGGAACCCAACCCUGAUUACUACAGUGCACUUCUAUGGCAUCGACUUAUGGGAAAAAGAGUUCUUGAAGUUCAUGGACUUGAUGCUUCACCAUAUUUACGCCCUUAUGCUCAUUGUUCAAAAGGAAGAGUGGGUGUAACUUUGCUGUUGAUUAAUCUAAGCAACCAAACUAAUUUCAUAAUCAAUGUCUACAACCACACGAACAUUAAGUUGAAGGAAAAGGAGAAAAGGAGAGGAGAGAGUCCUUUCAUGUGUAGUCUCAAGGCAAAAGUUGGUUCAAAUGGAGAAUCAUUAAUGAGAGAGGAGUACCACUUAAGUCCAGAAGAUGGGAAUCUUCGAAGCCAAACCUCACUUCUUAAUGGAAAUCCAUUGAAUGUUAGCAAUGGAGAACUCCCAAGAUUAGACCCUAUCUUUUGUGAAGAGCACACUCCAAUAUAUGUUGCACCUUUAUCCAUUGCCUUCAUAGUCAUUCCUAACUUUGAGGCUCCAGCUUGUGCAUAG